GGUGUUCCUCUCACUUUUUAAGAUGUCGACGUCAAAAGAUAAUUGGAAACCUGAGGAAACUAGGUAUUUUUUCCAACUCUAUGCGGAAGAGAAAAGAAAAGGAAAUAAAGUUGGUCAGCAAAUGAAUAAAGUAGGGAAAAAGAACAUCAUGGAUGCGUUUGAGCUGAGGUUUAAGAAGGGAUUUUCUGAUUGGAAGAGGGACUACAAGAACAAGUACGACAGCAGUAGAAAGAAAUACAUCAGGAUUAGGAUGCUGACUCAGAACAGGACAGGACUUGGGUAUGAUGACAUGGGAAGGAUCGACAUGUCAGAUGAUUGGUGGAAAGAGCGCGAAAGGGAGUGUCCUGGGAUUAGAAAAGCUUUCUGCAAAGAAAUUGAUAACAUGGAUAUGUUUGAAGCAGAAUUUGGUGGUGUAGUAGUUACUGGAGCAGAAGGUUGGAGCGCUCAACAUGGAGAAGCAAGCUUGGAUUCGAGAGUUGGUGGAGAUAUUGGUGAGGAUGAAGCUGAUUCUCAGCCAGCAGCAGAGACUCAAGCAUUGGAGACAGAAACCCAGCGCCAAGCUCCUCGCCAAACUCAACCAGCGGCUCAGACUCAUUCUGGAAGUUCAAGAGCAAAACGAAGGCGUAAAGAGAAAGAUGUGGCUGUGGAGGCUUGUGAAAAACGGACAGCUGCGCUUGAAGUGAAGAAUAUGCUAGCAAAACAAUUGAUGGAGCGUGAACAACCAUUCAGUGUUGAGACCGUAUUGGAGAUGUUGUAUGCUCUCCCUGAAGUGAGAGAGUGGUCGCCUUUAUAUGAAGCAUCGAUUGAGCUUCUGAUAGAUAGUGAAGGGAGCCGAAGGGGAUUCAUAACGAUGAAGACAGAUGAAGCAAAGACUAAGUUUCUGGAGCUUAGGACCAAGAUAAAACGUGAUGAGUAGAGGUUUAUGUUGAGUAGGAACUUAAGUUUGGUACUGCUUUGUGUUAUGAAACUAGUAUGGAUUUGUUGAGUAGGAACUUAAGUUUGGUACUGCUUUGUGUAAUAACAAUGUUGUGUCUUCUCUUUUUUUUGUUAAUAACAGGUCUGAUCGGUUAUCUUGAGUCUUUAAACCUCAAAGAGUCGUUUAAAUAUUGUU